ACGUCACAACACGGUCAAUGAGCGAACACGAAAAUUGAAAACAAAAACAUAUUUGCAAAUAAAAUAAUUUUAUUUACGUGGUAUGCUGUUUUAGUUAAUUAAAUAAAGAUAUGGUAAUCAUCACUUUAGACAAAUACUUGAUAUUAGUAAUUAUUAAGUAAAGGUACAUUUGAUACCUUGUAAACUAUUAAAAUGAAGCCGGUCCCAGGUAUACCAGAUGUGUACGCUGGUACAUAUCUUAUAAGCAUCUUAGCGGUAGUAACUACAGUUUUACAAUUUUUAUCUGGCACAUUAGUUUGCAAGCAAUAUGUUAAGAAUCAGACUACCGCGGAGGCAUCUGCUUUACCCUUUUUACUUGGUGUUUUAAGCUGUGGGAUAUGGCUGUUAUAUGGGUUGACAUUAAAUGAUGGUACAAUUGUUCUGGUGAAUACAAUUGGAAUUGUAUUAAUGGCUAUAUAUACUGUGAUAUUUUAUAUGUACACAUUGAAAAAGUCUUCACUGAUAAAACAAGUUUUGUUAAUUGUUGGAUUACUUAUUCUUACUACUUUUUAUGUCCAUAUGGAGAGAGAUACUGACAAAGUUAUUAAUAGAUUGGGUCUCUUAGCAUGCUCCCUAACAUUACUGACAGUUGCAUCACCAAUGAGCAAAUUAUUCUAUGUUAUGAAAGUGAAAAGCACUGAAUGUUUGCCGUUUCCAAUGAUUUUGAUGUCAUUUUUCGUGUCAUUAUUGUGGUUUCUCUAUGGAGCUUUUGCAAGAGAUCCAUAUUUGAUGUUGUCAAAUGCCAUUGGUGCGGUCUUGGCUGUUUGUCAACUGUCAUUAUUUAUAUUUUACCCAAGAAGACCAGCAGCACAGGGUUUAAGUAUUUUAGCCUAACUGUGAUAGUACAGAAGUAUGUGUUCCUUUAUUUUAUUAGUUAACGUUGAUGCAUUUGAAUCUCGUUUUAAUUUUUAUUUUAUUGAAUUUAUUUUAUUUAUUUUUAGUAAAUUUUUAAUUAAUAUAAUGUACAAUCCAUACAUAAUAUUAGUUGGUUCAAUAUUUAAUGAUAGGAAAAUUCUUUUAUUAUGCUCUGAUUGUUAAAGAAUUUAUAUUGAAAAUGACAAAUGUAAAAAUUUGUUUAAUAUUUAUCAAUAAAUAAUUUAUUGUAAAU